AUGGCACCAGGAGGGCCGCGCCCGCGCCCCCAGCACCCUCAACAGGGAUACCCGGGCCGCCCGCCUCCCACCGGUACUCGCAAUGAGGUCUUUGAGAACAUCUUUGGCCGUCCGUCCGUCGCCCACCACCUCGGUGGGCCUCCAGGCCACCCCGGCAUGGGUAGGCCGCCAGGGUACCCAGCAGGCUACGGCCCGCCAAUGAUGAACCCCGCUCAGCCUGGCUUUCCGCCCGCGAACCCGAACCCCGCCGUGCCCAGCUUUCCGCCCGGCCAGUUUGCGCAGGGCAUGGCUGCGCGACCGCCAUACCCUCAGCAGCAGGGACAGCACCGGCCGCCUCAGCGCCAAGUCUCGCACCGCUCGAUGCACGACCGAUUCUCUCAGGGGCCAGCCCAGCAAGCGUCUCCAUACGACGGCGUGGCCAUGUACGACGGGCCGCAAAAUGGGUACGGCGCCUCGCUGGCCCCGUCGCGCGCACCUCCGAGCGCAUUCCAGGGAGACCCUCCAACACAGCUACAACAGGCAAGCGUACCCACGAGACGCCACUCACUUGUGCAGCCCCAGCGCCCGACGGUGCCUCCACCAGGAGCCGGCGGGAUCGACCAGGCGCGGCCCAACGGCGCUCAGUACAAUGGAUACGGCAGGCCUGAGAGGUCCGAGCGACUGCCCCACAUUUCGGCUGUUGACGAAGGGGGAUUCACGCAGAUGCCCGUACCCCACGUUCCCCAGCCGCGCAGCGUGUCAGCAACGUCGGCAUCGAGCAGUAACACGGUCACGAACGUGCCUCCCCGCUCGCGCUCGCUACAGAACCAGGCUGGGCCAGGGAAGAUAGGCGUAAGGAUACCGUCGCCCACGUUAGGCGCGUCGAUGAUGCCCUUCCCCGAAGCUCCGGGGUCUGAUUUGCGAGCGUCCUCGCCUCCUCCAGACUACCAGCGUGCCAUGGGCGCGGUCGAUCUCAACAGCGACCGCGGGAUGCCAUAUACCGUCAUUCCCGGCUUACCGCAUAACACUGGCAACCCUGGCAGACAGUGGGAGCAGUCAGGCGCCGACGACUACUUCGGCAGCGGUAUCGACUUUGCCCAGCGUCCACCGGGCUCUAGGCACAUGUCGUCGUCGAGCGCUACCUCUGGGCGACGCUCGAUGCACAUGCGGCAACCGUCUGACCAGUCCAUCUCGAGCUCUAUAUACACACAAAGAGUGGCUCCACUUUCCCAGAUCAGCAACUUUGACGUACCGGAUUCGCCACUGCAGUCGCCAUCAACGCCAACAGGAUCGGACAACGGUUACAGCUCUUUCCACAGACUCUCUGGUCGCAAGUCGAUGGAGUCGACACACUCGCUUCCUUUACCUGGCUCUGUUACAGACUCACCCUUGCCCCCAGGCGCCGCUUCGUCUGUGUUCGAUCAUCGCGCGAUGUCGUUCUCCGGCAAUGGCGUGAAUAGGCGCGACAUAGUCAGCGCUGUGCGCUCGUCCACCUCGACGGUCGACUCGAGUUCGCGUUCUAGGUCCGGCCUGUACGGCAGCGAGAUGUCGCCCAUCACAUCACAGCGCUCGCUGGUACCCCACCAGUCUGUGGCGAGAAAGGCCGUCCUCACCCGCGUCACACCUGCGCUACUCUCCAACGUUGCCGAGGCGUUCCGGCAGCUGAUCCAUCCGCACGAGAUUCUCAAGGACGGCAUCGCGUACAAGGACGCGUUUGACGGCCGUCUUGCGGUAACGAUCAUCGCCGAUAUUAUCAAGACCCCAGACCGCAAUUUGGCCCUGUUACUUGGCCGUGCUCUUGAUGCGCAAAAGUUCUUCCACGACGUCACCUAUGCCCACCGCCUGCGUGACACCGACAAGGAGGUGUACCAGUUCAAAGAGCGGCUGGUAGCGCCGUUCAUGAACGACUCAGCCAUCAUGGACAGCCCGUCGUCGGACCACCUAGGUCUUGCCACGCGGUCACCGUCUCAGAGCAGCGGUACCACCCGCAACCCGUACCGGCAGAACAUACUCGACUCGCCUGCCCAGGCGUCCGACUCGCAAGGCUCGCUCUUUGGGCCCAGCACGACACCAAAGCCUGGUCAGACGGCUGCGGGGAUCGCGGUGGCAGGAGACGAGAGCGACGAUGACGACUUACCCAAUGGUGUUUUCACUCUCCUCACCGACUGUUACUCGCCGACAUGUUCGCGCGAACAGCUCUGUUACUCGAUCAACUGUCCGCGUCGUGUGGAGCAGAUGAAGCGCCUCAACGUCAAGUCAGCCCACCCCGGUCUGCAGCGCAAGAUCGAGGAGGAGACGGUGCUCGACGACGUCAAGGAGACGGGCACGUUGUGGAUCCACUCGGUUUCGCAGGAGAUCCUGGACAGCGUCGACGACCAGGAGAAGAAGCGCCAGGAGGCUAUCAACGAGGUGAUCUACACUGAGCGCGACUUUGUGCGCGGCCUCGAGUACAUGCGUGACUCUUGGGUGAAACCUUUGCGCUCCGAGGAGGUCGUCCCGGCGGCUGACCGCGAGGAGUUGAUCAGACAGGUGUUCUGGAACUUCCUCGACGUACUCAAGGUAAACCAUGUGCUAGCCGAGCGCUUGACAAAGCGACAAAAGCAGCAGCCCGUGGUGCAGUCGAUCGGCGACAUCUUCCUCGAGUGUGUCCCACAUUUUGAUCCGUUUGUUGUGUACGGCGCACACCAGCUGUUUGGCAAGUACGAGUUUGAGAAGCAGAAGACGUCAAACCCGGCGUUUCAGAAGUUUGUCGACGAGACGGAGCGCAAGCCCGAGUCGCACAAGCUGGAACUGAACGGUUACUUGACCAAGCCGACGACGCGUCUCGGACGUUACCCGCUCUUGCUCGAGGCGGUCCUCAAAUACACGCCUGAUGACCACCCCGACAAGACGGAUCUACCCGAGGUUGUCAAGAUGAUCCGCUCGUUCCUGGCGAAGGUCAACGAGGAGAGCGGCAAGUCGGAGAACAUCUUCGAGUUGGCGCAGCUGGAGUCCCAGCUCGUGUUCCGGCCGCAGGAGAACAUUGACCUGCGUCUGCGUGACAAGAACCGCGAACUGAUCCACAAGGGUCCCAUGAAGCGCCGCGGUGGCACGCAGGGCGAGAAUGCCGACCUGCUCGCAUUCCUGUUUGACCAUGCGUUCUUGCUCGUCAAGUCCAAGUGGAUCAACAAGACGUCUGAGCAGUACAAGGUGUACCGACGGCCGAUCCCCCUCGAGCUCUUGGUAUUGCAGACGCCGGAGGACAACUACAACUCCACCAAGUUAUCGACGUCUGGGCGCAACAAGCUCAUCUCGCGCGCGGGCAGCAAGGCCAACCAGUUACAGUUGUCGCAUGUGCCACCAAAACCCGAGAGCAAGCACGGCUUCUCCAUCACCGUCACACACCUCGGUCGCAAGGGCUACCAGCUACAGCUGUGGGUUGAGUCGUACGUGAGCCGCAAGAAAUGGGUCGAGAACAUCGAGAAACAGCAGCAGACCAUCCGCGACCGCUCGACCAUUUUCCAGAGCGAGACGAUUACGGAGGGCUUCUUCCAGGGCCUGCGUAGAAUAAACUGCCUCAGCCCAUACGACAACGGCAACCGCAUGAUCUACGGUACAGACGAGGGCGUCUACUUCUCCAACCUCCGCGACCCCAAUUUACGCGAGCCCGUCAAGGUCAUCAACCUCACGGACGUGACGCAGGUCGACGUCAUCGAGGAGUUGCAGCUGCUCAUCGUCUUACACGAGCGGUCGGUUACGACAUUCCCGCUCGACUGCCUGGAUCCCAAUGACCCGAACGCGGCGCUUAAGCGCGGCAAGCGCAUCUCGUCUCACACGAGUUUCUUCAAGUCGGGCAUCUGUCUUGGGCGCACGCUUGUGGCAGUCGUCAAGAGCAGCCCGCUCAGCAGUACGAUCAAGGUGCUCGAGCCUGUCGACCAGUCGAUGCGCGGCAAGAAGCAGCAGCGCGGCUUCAUGGGUCGCUUAAACAACUCGCAGGAGACGCUCAAGGUGUUCAAGGAGUUCUACAUUCCGUUAGAGAGCUUUUCCGUCUAUUUCCUCAAGACCAAGCUCUGUGUCGGGUGCCAGAAGGGCUUUGAGAUUGUCGACCUCGAGACGCUCGACAUGCAGUCGCUCCUCGAUCCGUCCGACCCCUCGCUCGACUUUGUACUCAAGCGCGACGGCGUGCGGCCCAUGGCCAUCUACCGCAUCGAGGGCGACUUCCUGCUCUGCUACGACGAGUUUGCCUUCUACGUCAACAAGAACGGGUGGCGCGCGCGACCCAAGUGGGCCAUCAUCUGGGAAGGAUCCCCGACGUCCUUUGCCCUGCAAUAUCCAUAUGUCAUCGCGUUCGAACCGACAUUUAUCGAGGUCCGGCACGUCGAGUCAGGACAUCUCGUCCAGAUCAUUCCCGGGUCCAACAUCUCGUGUCUGUUUGCCGACACGCCCCCGUCGACCGUCAACGCGCCGGCCAUGCCGCAGCAAAACCGUAUGGGUGGCCACAUGAUGUACCCUCACCCACAACAGGGCAUGUACCGUCCCCCGAUGGGCGGCUUCCCUCAGCAGCAGCAGCAGCCCCAAGGGCCGUACAGCUAUCUUCAACCAGGCUUCCCCCAGAUGCGUCCGCCGAUGCCGCAGCCUUACGGUAUGCCGUCGCAGCCCUUGGCGCCAUUCCGCAACUUCUUGUACCGGCCGCAGGUCAUCUUCGGCAGCGAGGACGGGCACGUCCAGUUCCUCAAGCUUCCGCCGCAGCAGACCGGGCGGAGAUCGAGCGACUCGCGGAGUGUGCACAGCAUGCGGUAG